AUGAAGAUCAAGAUGUUAGUGCGAAACCCUGAUGACUACACCCGUGAAACUAGCCGGGACCUGCACCGGCAUCAGAGGAAUGUGGAACCUGAAUUGCAUCCCUUAGCGACUGCGAGGGAGUAUACAGCUGCGGUGAAUGCCGCCAAGAUUGACAGAAUUUUCGCAAAGCCGUUUUUGUGCUCGCUGGGAGGUCAUCGCGAUGCGGUGGAGAUCGUAGCAAAACAUCCAGAAAAAAUAUCAGGCGUUGUCAGUGCUUCAGUCGACGGUGAAGUGCGAUGGUGGGACUUGACCAACAGGCGAUGCGUUGGAAACGUUCAGGCGCACGAUGGCCCCGUACGUGGGCUCUGCUACGGUCAAACAUCGGAUGUUCUCCUAACAGCUGGACAGGACCAGAGCAUCAAGCAAUGGAGAGACCAAGAAAUCCGACACACCAUCCUGUCUAAAACCACCAUUAUGAACCUAGCUCACCACUACAAGAGUCAGAUGUUCGCUACAGCUGGCGAAACGGUUUCAUUGUGGGAAGAAGGUCGGAACGAACCUCUGAGGAGCCUGAACUGGGGCGUGGACACAAUAUACAAUGUCACCUUCAGUCCAAUCGAGUGUGAUCUCUUGGCUUCGCUGUCCAGCGACAGAUCGAUUGUGCUGUACGAUAUCCGCGAAGCUACUCCUUUGCGUAAAGUCACGCUGGAAAUGCGCUCGAACGCUUUAUGCUUCAACCCGAUGCAGGCCAUGCACUUCACAGUGGCGAAUGAAAAUUUCAACUUGUACACUUUCGAUAUUCGGCACCUCAAGACAGCACUUCAGGCUCAUACAGACCAUGUCGGCGCGGUUCUCAGUCUCGACUACUCGCCGACCGGGACCGAAUUCGUUUCGGGCUCUUAUGACAAGUCGGUGAGAAUUUUCCCUGUGGACUCGAUGAGGUCCCGAGAAGUUUAUCACACGAAGCGGAUGCAAAAAGUCACGUCCGUGGUGUACUCCAUGGAUGCGAAAUACGUCAUCAGUGCCUCUGAUGAAAUGAAUCUGAGGUUAUGGAAGGCGAAGGCGUCGGAGCAAUUGGGAAUCACCUCAUCACGGGAAAGGAGUAUCCAGAACUACAAUGAGACUCUUCUCAGUCGAUACGGCAGUCACCCGACCGUGAAGAGGAUCGUGAAACACAGACACAUUCCCAAGCAAUUGUACCAGCAAGUCAAGGAGAAGCAGAUUAUGCUGUCGUCGCGAAAAACCAAAGAAAUCAGACGGCGCAUGCACACGAAGAAAAAAGAUUUGAAAAUACCAAAUACGAAACAACAGAUCAUAGUGGAAGAAGAGGAGUAGAUCACGCUGUAAAUCUUAACUAUCCUGUAACCUCCGACGUCCUCCAA